CAAGAGAAAUAGGCCGUCCAAAGGAAUGUCUCGCGUCGCGUCGGAUGCAGAGUAAUCAAGCCAUGGCAAAGAUAUCCGCCAGCGCUCACGCCUCUAAACCAUUCUCCCGGCCACCACUGACCACACAGCCUGGCGACAUAUAUCAUCCGUGCUCUGUAGCGCGCAAAGCCAGAUCGAGCCGAGGACCAUGGACAGAUGCCGAGCAGCGGGCGUCCAUGCCUCCUCUGUCCACCGGCUCGACAAGCUAGGCUGCCGGGGCGGCGAUGACUUCGAGCUCGACGUCUUCGACGCCGAGCGCUACUUCAACGGGGACGACGCGCUGUGGUGCGCCCGCUCGUCGUCGUCAUUCUCGUCCGCGUUCAGGACAGCCACGCACGAGCACAACCGGUCCAUCCCGACGCCGACGGCGGCCACCAGCUCGUCGGACGCCAGCUGGAACAGCCGCUCCGCGCUCCUGCCCGGUGGGAAGGUGCUCCCCGUCGCCACCACCCCUGAUAUCGAAGCUGAGCCUUCCGGGACAGGAAGUGAGUGCCGCCGGAGGAAGCCCGUCCCGUCGUCUCAGCUGCGGUGGUGGCUGAUCGGCGUGGCGGGGUGUGCCUGCGCCGGGGGCGACGGCGAGGAGUCGUUGAGCGCCGACGAAUUCCGCGACGAAGUGGAAGCCGACAACGACGUUCUCGGUGUCCGUAGCAAGAACCGUAGCACCGAGGGGGGCGAGCUGUUUCCAAGCACGGAGAGCAACGAUCUCGCCGUCGAGGAGACCACAACGGUGAGGGUGAGGCCUGUCAGGUGGCUCGAUGACGGUGACGCGUUCCUUGCCGAAGCGGCAGAGUUUGACGCCGUGCAGCUCUCGAGGGAUGGUCAUCGCCGAGCCGCCAACUUGGGUGUAUUGUCCACGCCGAUCUUGUAUCCCGCAACAACAUCCACCUCCGAUGAGCGGCGGCGCAAAUCAUUGCAAACGUUCCGCCCGGUGGGUGACCAAGAGCGCGCGCUCGGUUCAGCGACGCAGAACUCUGCCUUUACAAUCGUCGCGGGAAGCACGGCGCGGGGUGGUGCUGCGCAUAAGGCUGCCGCCUACGGAGCAAGGCCGGGCACGCCACACAUUCCGUGCGGCAGCCCACGGGACUCUGGAGAGGACGACGCGGCGCCGAGCGAGCUGGAGUGCGCGUACCCUCCGAGCGAGGCGAGCGUCGUCUGGAGCGUGGUCACCGCGGACGGCGCGGCGUCCGGGAACAACUCCAGCGCGGCGUCGGGGUACUACCACUAUUUCAAUGACGGCGAGCACGAGGCGUUGCGGCACGCCACGGUUAAGGGCAACAGAAGGAGGAGAGAUGGAUUCGCCAACAGCGUCUUGCUGACUUGCAUGAGCGAGAAGGCGGUCGAUGUCGUCGGGCCGGAUUGGUCGGUUCACCGUCCGGAGGUCGAGCCGGGCGCCGUGGCGAGGCUGGGCGCUGCCUCUCGCAGCCGGAACCGCCUUGGUGGAGGGUACCCGGACGUGAUGCGCCACCGGUAGGUAGGUAGGUUGGAUCCGGAAGCACGCGACGGUCGGUGGAGACAUCUGUGGACAGGGCGGCCUACAAGAACUAGUGGAUGUGUGAUUUUUAGCACAAAAAAUGUGAGGCUUUUUUAUUGUGAGGAAAGACAAAACUUGUUUUGAUAAUUUGCAGAUGAUGAUGGUGCGAGUUUUCAAAACUGUCACCACCUAUAUACAUAAUACAUUCCUCAAGCAUACAACUUGUGUUGAUAAUUUGUAGAUGAUGAUGAUGCGAGG